GGGAGUGGUAACUACAUCGUAUCCGUUAUAGUCGUGCUUAUGGAAGAAAACUUGGAACGUGGUUUUUAGUUUUUCCAGUUUGCUGCAAAGUUUGUGAUAAAUUAAAACAGUUUUUGAGGAAAAUGGGGAAAGUAAAAGCUGAAACGUCAAUUGUUGACGAAUCUGUGAACGACGGGACAGAAAAAACUUACGACGAGCUUUUAAAAUUCUUGAAUCCGAUUGCGAAACCGUUGGCUUCGAAAAAAUUAACGAAACGAAUUUACAAAUGCAUUAAAAAAGCGUCCAAGGAGAAAAAUAUACGAAGAGGCGUCAAAGAAGUUCAGAAAUUCCUGAAAAAAGGCGAAACUGGGUUCGUGGUUUUUGCUGGAGACGCCCAACCAAUCGAAGUAAUGUGUCACUUACCUGUUGUUUGUGAAGACGCGAACGUUCCUUAUUGUUACGUCCCCGCUAAACAGAACCUCGGGGCGGCAAGCGGAUCAAAGCGACCGACGUGCUGUAUCUUGAUAAAGAAGAAAGAUAGUUAUGAAGAAACUUUCAAGGAUUGCGUGAAAGAUAUAAAUAAACUGCCGCCACCGUAUUAAACAUUGUGUGAAUUUUUGGUUUGGUGUAUUUUCAUGAAAUUGAACUAAAGGUGCGGUUUUUGUGUCUUACACCGUUAUUACAUUCGAAUGCCACGCAUAUCAAUAGAAGUUGAACGAUUAAAAUUAAAAUUCCGAACCCAUAUUGAUUUUUCCACUUCAUUGCAAACAUAUACUGUUAAAACUUGUUACAUCGUGCAUUUCAUUACAAUGGGGCCUCGUUUAGUCAAAGUUUGCACAACAUAUUAUUAUCCCCAAUAUAUGUUGUUUAAUUUUCAAGGCUGAAAUUGCCCACUUUAUGAUGUACUCAUGUUUUCUGAUUUUUAUAUUCUGUCAAAACACUGCCAAAUAUCAUGCUAACAUCUUAGUUUAAACAAAAACAUGUUUUUCGUUUCCAACAUUUCUUUCAUUAAUUUUAAACUGCUGCCUAUUUUAUGAAGAAACCUUUUGGUUGUUUUUCCAAAAAGUUUUCAAUUUGUAAAAACAAUUCAUUAUGCAUUAUUGUAUAGGGGUAUUAUAGCGUGGCAUGCCAUGGGCCUUGACAUGCAGGUCAGAGGUUGACGGUUACCUUAAUAUGAUCACGUUUCUGCAACAGUAACGUGUGUUACAUACUUGAGUUUUAAGUUUUAACAUUUCGUGGUAUACCAGGCCAAAUUGAUCAUGUUUGUAAACCAAUAAUUUCUUUAAACAUUUCGGAAAUUUACAGGUUUUAACAUUUUGCAAAUUGCAG